UAUCGUUAAGCUUUGAGCAUUUGUCAGUGGGAAUAAUGCAACUGAGCUUGAUAUACCUCGCACUUGUUGCUCAUCUAGUCGCAGCCAAACAAUUGCCUUCUGAUGUAGAAAAGUGUCGCUACCACGACGAUAAAUGCCUCUUGCGCAGCAGCAACUGGGUGAUCCGGCGGUAUGGAAAAACAGGAGUGGCUCAGAUGAAUAUAGAACCUGUGGAUGCCAUUAAAGUGCCUCCUUACGAGCUUAAGCGGGGGAAUCGCGAUCAGCCCUUCUGGCAUGACUGGAGGGUGAGCGACCAAUGGGUCUACGGUUUUGAGAACACCACCUUGACCAAGAUCCAAGGAUUCGACCGAGAUCCGAGGCGUUCGCAGGUUGAGAUACAUGGCCGAGUCCCCAGCGUGAGGUCCACGGCGCGAUAUAAAUUCAUCUCCAAGUUUCUCACUUUGAAAUUGAAUGCGACAGGUCGCGGCACGACGGAUUUCCAGAACUUUCGGUUUAUCGCCAAAUUCUCACUAACCGUCGACAACAAAGGAUAUGCUAAGAUCUACAAACUUAGUCUAAGUUUGGGUUUGGAUCGAUGGAUUCAAAACCUGGAUGAUCUUUUUGUGGGCAACACAGAUCUCACCGUAAUCGCUAACGAGUGGAUCAACGCGAACUGGAAUGAGUACUGGGUGGAUAUCGAACCAGAAAUAACCGAAGUUACGCGUCGUUUUUUAAUUAAAAAGCUCAACAGUGUUUUCUCCACGGUGCUCUAUAAAGAUUUCUUUCUUUAGGCUUCUUGGAGCUGAUUUCAUUCACUUGAUUCAUUUACUCUCAACUCACUGAUUUAUUAAAAAAAUAUUAUUCUGGUAUGGUGAAAGCUUGAAAGGCAGUAGCUUUUCAGCUGAGAUCACUUUUUACAAGGAGAGGUCAAACCAGAAGUGUUAAUUUAAAGCAGUAAAUUAUUUAAUGACAGCACUGAGAAGAAUAUAAAAAUAAAAAAGCUAGCCGGUAACGUUUAAGCAUUCGCGUCGUGAUAUAAAUUUUAAUAAAAUGAAAUUUCCAUUUUA